CAAGCACUUCGGUCGGUUAACUUAUAGCACUCAGUUAAUAUCAAGAGUUGGAUGGAACUAAUGUUGAUCUAAGGCGUGUGGCUACAGGAUGUUUUAUAGAAAAGUGAUGCACUGUACGAUCUGCCUGAAACAUGGCACUGUCGGCAUUUCAGGAAACGGCAUUCUGCUGCAGCAACUAGCAAGGAUAUCGACGACGCAAUGUUGGAACAGCAAACUGCCACUUACGACACAAACUACGGCCACGGUAAAAAGCAAAAAUAUACCACAGGACAACAGAAUGUGGAAGGAAACACCGUCACACGACAGAAAGAAUCAAUUGGGGAAUUAUUGUAUGAUGCUCUCCAAGUUUCGAUUAAGUUCGUUAGUAGUAAUGUCCUCAAUGGCCGGGUACGCACUCGCGCCCGCACCCUUCGACUUGACGACGUUCGCGUUAUGCGCGAUCGGAACAGGCCUCACCUCAGCUGCAGCCAACUCUAUCAACCAAUACCACGAAGUACCAUUCGACGCACAGAUGUCCAGGACUAAAAAUCGAGUGCUGGUCAAAGGAUUACUAGAGCCAGUCCACGCAAUAGGUUUCGCGACUCUGGCGGGCUCUACAGGCUUGGGACUGCUUUAUUUUGGAGUGAACCCACUCACCGCGGCUCUAGGCGCCGCUAACCUAGUACUAUACACAUCCGUCUAUACGCCUAUGAAGAGAAUGUCCAUAUACAAUACCUGGCUCGGGUCUGUAGUUGGUGCUAUACCUCCUCUAAUGGGCUGGGCGGGAUGCGCGGGUGCGUUAGACCCUGGUGCAAUAGUGCUCAGCGUGAUCCUAUACUCCUGGCAGUUCCCGCACUUCAACGCGCUCUCCUGGAACCUACGGCCAGACUACUCACGCGCCGGCUACAGAAUGAUGGCCGUCACUGAUCCUGCAUUGUGCAGAAGGGUAGCCCUCAGACACACAGGAGUGAUCAUGGGAGCGUGCCUUGCCUCAUCUUACCUCGAAGUAACCAAUACAUGGUUCGCCCUAGAAUCGUUACCAUUAAAUUUUUAUUUUAUGUACUUAGCUUGGCAGUUUCAUCAGAAAUCGGAUAGUAACAGUUCGAGGAAACUGUUUAGGUUUUCACUAAUCCAUUUGCCGGCACUGAUGUUGCUGAUGCUAGUCAACAAGAAGAACUGGUACAAGAGUGAAACACAGGAGCAAGAGACUACUAAAGUGCAAGACGUAAAGAUUCCUGACUCUAGAAUAUCAGUACUACCGCGCAGGCCCGUUGUAGCGGCGCAGGAGUCGGACCUGUCUCCAUAGUAGUGCAAACACGACCGCUACUUAAAUCGCUCUACAAUAUCAUAUUUGUUACCUAUAAAUUAAGUCAUUAAUUUAUUUAUGUCAAUUUUGGCGGCAGUAAGACAGUCGGCAAGAGUCGUACGAUUCGCACGUUUGUUUGUUAGUUGCGUCGUACUGAUCUAGUAUGUCGAUGUAAAAAAUGAGGUUAUAUGCAACUUGUACAGGAUAAGUUACAUGUAACGAACUGAUGUAAAAUUGUAUUGGUGCGAUGCCUACGUUUGUUGCCGAUCGGUGAUCCUCGCUAACCCUAUAAUCUACAUGUAGAUGUAGUACUUAUGUAAAUAAUGUACAUUAUAAUUAUGUGAUUCAAUUAGAUGUACGUAAGUUAGUAAUAACGCCGUAACCUCAGAUUGUGUUAUUUGUCACAAAGCCAAGUAACUGCUGGUGUGCAUACCUCUUAUAAAAUUAUGUUCAAAC